CGCUAUAUAUAUCGUGGAAGAUGAUUGUUGUCUCUGUUAGAGAGAAGCGAAAAUAAAAGUAAAGAAAAAAUAUAUAUGAGAAAGUAGUUAAGAGAUUAGUGUCGGUGGUUUUUUGAACUACUCUUAUGCUGUUUCGUGUUCCUCUCAUCUCUUCUUGGCCCACGUGUUCAUCAACCUCCCUGCGCAUGUAAUCGCUUCGCCGUCAAUAUCACAUCCUCUCUAGAUCGGAUAGAAAGUUGAUUCUUUCGUUGUUUCUUGGAAUCUCCGGCGAAAACCCACAUGGAGACAGUGAUGGAAGUGGCGGCGGCUGUUCCUACUUCGACGGUUGCGGCGCCGGCGGCGACGAGGAAGAGAGAGAAACCGUAUAAAGGGAUAAGGAUGAGGAAGUGGGGGAAGUGGGUGGCGGAGAUUAGAGAGCCUAACAAACGGUCUAGGAUCUGGCUUGGCUCUUACUCAACUCCCGAGGCGGCGGCGAGAGCUUACGACACGGCGGUGUUCUAUCUCCGAGGUCCGUCUGCUCGGCUUAACUUCCCGGAGCUUUUAGCCGGCGUUACGGUAGCGGGAGGAAACGGUGGUGGGGAUAUGUCGGCGGCUUACAUAAGGAGAAAAGCAGCGGAGGUUGGAGCGCAAGUGGAUGCGUUAGAAGCGGCGGGAGGCAGUCGUCAUCAUCAUCAUCAUCAACAGUAUCAACGUGGUAAUCAUGAUUACGUGGAUGAUGAUCAUAGUGUUAAUCAUAGUGAUUAUCGCCUUAAUGAUGGUCAGCAUGAGUUUAGUAGUAAGGAUAAGAGGUGUAACGGGUCAUGGGAAGCGGUCGAUUUAAACAAAUUACCCGACCCGGAAACUUCAGAGGACGAUUAGGAAAGGAAUCCACCCAAAAAACACAAAACGUUGUAGAACUUAGAUUUUUAGAGAAUGUUUUGUCUGUAUGAUGCGCGGAGGUUGCUAACAUGCACCUCUUUACUGAGUUUGUGAUUACUGAUUUUAACUACUAGUGUAAUGGUAUGUUUCUAUAAAUAGUUUUCACUCAA